UUUGUUUUACUCUAAAGAGUAGCUUUCUACAGCAAAUUCGUCGUUAGCCUGUGGCAGUUGACGCUUUUAUUUUUUUUUUGUUUGAACUGUGUUUUUCUGCUAGGGACUAAGUCGGCGUUGUGUAAGAGCUGCUGUAGAUUUCUUUCUUUUUUUUUUUUUUUUUUUUAAUCUUUUUUGUUAAUAUGGUAGUUGUACACAGAUUUUGAUCUGCAAACACCUUUGGAGGAGGUUGCCCACUUUCGUGCCUGAUCAAAUAUAUUUAUUUCUAAGUUUUUUUGUUCUAAAAUACUGGUUAAAUAAAGAUGAUGACACUGAUGGCCUCUUCUCCCUCAUACAAGACGCGUAUCCUGAACAAAUUGGCAUGCCUCCGGGAGCGUGACGUGCUGUGCGACAUCACCCUCCUGGCGGACGGCGAGUGCUUUCGGGCGCACAAAGCCCUUUUGGCGGCAAGCAGCGACUACUUUUCGCAGCUUUUCACUGCCAACUAUGGGGCCACCUGCCGGCUGGAUGGCGUGGCGGCGGCUGCAUGCGGGGCCGUGCUAGAGUUCAUCUACAGCUCCCAGGUGUGUGUGGAGGAGGGCGCUGGCGAUCAACUCCUGGCCGCCGCCCAGCUGCUGAAGGUGGGCGACCUCGUGGAGGCACUGCAGACCACGCCACGAUGCAAGACGGCGAGGGUCGCGAGUGGCUCGCUCGUCAAGAAUCGGAGGAAGAAGAGUCCCUCGUGUGGUGCUGGUGCCGAGAAACCACCGCGAGUAGAUGAUGACGGAGAAGAAGGGAAGUGGAGCGGUCGCUCGGGAAAGCGCAAGAUCACACUGCCCGUCAAGUAUGAUGCUUAUAAGGUGGGGGGAGAGGUUUCUGUAGGAGGGGGAGAAAAGGCCAAACGGUGCAAGAAGAGGAAAUCCCCUGACAUUGAGAUCAGGUGUCAUGACUGCGGCAAGGGCUUUAAAAAUCAUCUCUUCCUAAAGAUUCACCAACGCACACACACAGGUGAAAAACCAUUCUCAUGUCAAACGUGCGGCGCGGCGUUCACGCAGAAGCACACUCUGCUGGUGCAUCAGCGCAAGCACACGGGAGAGACGCCAUUUGUGUGCAGCGUUUGCUCCAAAGCCCUGGCCACCAAACACAGCCUGCGCGAGCACAUGAACCUCCAUCAAGAUAACAAGGCGUUCUGCUGUGAUAAAUGUGAAAAGAGGUUCACACAGAAGAGGCAGCUGAGAAGUCAUUAUCGGGUCCACACAGGCAAAUCGCUUCCUGAGUGCGCUCAGUGUCAACGCAAGUUUUUGGAUACAGCCCAGCUGAAAAAGCACCUGCGCACUCACACCGGUGAGAAGCCAUUCACGUGCGAGAUCUGCGGGAAGUGUUUUUCCGUCAAGAGCACCUUGCAGACGCACAUCCGGAUACACAGAGGCGAGAAGCCGUACCGCUGCGGCUUGUGCGAUAAGUCCUUCUCUGACUGCAGUGCACACCGCAGGCACGUGGCGUCGCACUCUGGUAAGAAGCCCUUCAACUGCUCGGCCUGCGGCCUCUCGUUUACUCGACUCGACAACCUCAAGACACACAUCAACACCCACAACAAGGAAAGGGUGUUUGAUCCGCCACCGGGCGGGGAACGCAGCGGUGGCCUACCGGCAGAGUGUCAGCUGGCGACAGGCUCAGACCAGGACCUUCACUUUGUCGUGGCGGGGGACAACAUCAGCUCCGUCUCGGGUCAGACGUCGGAAAUCAACCCCAUCCAGAUGCUGGGCGAGUCUGGGGCCGAGUCCUCCCAUGUCAUUACCUUCAGGCGGGACACCACAGAGCACCCGCAUGGCCAGCAGAUGGCGCCACAGCACGUCCACCUCAACCAAGCCAUCUCCAUCAGCCAGACGACCCAACACAUUUCGGGCCAACACAUCCAAGGACACACUUUCCAGAUCCAGGCCGGGACUGUUUCCUGCCUCUACGCCGCCACUGGACCGCCACCCGCGCAGAGUUGACGUUGACAUUUUAUUUUCUCAUGUUCAAAAUGAAGCACUUAUUCAUUCAAGAUUACACAUAUUUUCCCAGGGGCGUGAGAAGUAGGGGGCUGAGGGUGCUACAGCACUCCCUUUUGUUAGGACGAUUUAAAAAAAAAAAAAAAAAAGAUUAUUUAUUUGUUUAUUUUUAUAAAUAAAUCAAUAAAUAAAACAUAUUGAAACAAUACUGUAUUUAAUUUUGGGAAUUAAAUAUAUAUGUUGUAUUUUUGGGGGGGUCACGUUUGAUAAGGCGUUAUACAGUGUAUCACAUAAGCAGUGUUGUUAAUCUUACUGAAAAAAAGUAAUUAAUUAUUGUUACAAAUUACUUCUCCCAAAAAGUAAUUGCGUUAGUAACUCAAUUACCUGAAUGUAAGAGUAAUUAGUUAAUUGGUGAUAAUUACUUUUUUUUUUUUCCUCAAAAAAAAAAAAAAAAAAAAACAUUGGCCACACUAUGUGAAGUUUUUUGUGAAGGUUUUUGGUACAAUUGGCCCAAGCCCAAUUCUUUACCCUAAUUUACCCUUUACCCUGAAUCAACUGUUAAAAGUUGUUAAAAUUGCUCCCAUUAUUGCAUUAGUUCCCUUCUCUCUACUUUCGACAUAUGGAAGUUUUAAAACUGUUUCAUCAUUUAAAGAUAGAUUCAAGUCAAGAUUUUUCCGAUUUAUAAGUAUUUUAGAUAAAAAGUUACUUAGAAAGGUUCUCUACAACAGAGCCGUCCUAAAAAGUCUACUGCUUUAAGAUGGCGGCUGUCUACUAACUCAUUUAGUGCCAUGUCUGUGAUUUUGCAUCUAGUUAUAUCUAUGUACAGUACAAAUGAUAUCUACCCUGUCUACCAUAUCUACCGUAACAUGCGGGCGUAGUUUGUAGGCUAUCGGCUACAACAUGUAUUAUUGGAGCUACCUAGCAUCGCGUUUGCUCGGCGUCACAACUUUCUUGCCUCCUCCUACUCCUGCUCUGCUCUGUCGUCUCGGUGAGUCCGUCUCCCUCAGACUUUUCGACCAAUAUAGUAACGCAUAGUAACGCAUGCCUUUCCGCCCUCAGUAACGGUAACGGCGUUGCCAAGAUGAGAAAAGUAAUUAAUUAGAUUACCCACUACUGAAAAAAAUAACGCCGUUAGUAACACCGUUAUAUUGUAACGCCGUUAUUAACAACACUGCACAUAAGUGAGUACACCCCUCGCAUUUCUGCUGAUAUUUAAGUAUAUCUUUUCAUGGGACAACACUGACAAAAUGACACUUUGACAC